AUGUCCGUUAGCGCCGUUGGCGCGUUCCAAGGCGGCGGCUCGGAUGGGAAUGGGUGGGACAUGGGGAUGGAUGCGGGCGGAACCGCUGUGAUGGCGGAGGACCUUGCGCGGGGGGUUGGCGCGAGUUCCGCCAUCGCUGCUGGCGCGCCCGCGGGCAAUGCCCGACCCGGUCGUGGCAGGGGCGCAGGGGGGAGUCAUAUCGCGGUGUCUCCCCGCGGAGCUCCGCCGUACACAGGAAUGUCGCGCGGAGGGGGAGCUGGCGGGAGGAUGGGGAGGGCGCAAGCCAUGGUCGCGGGGAGAGGGCCUCAGGCUCGCCCCCAUACCGGAAGCUCGGCUUCGGGGCCUUUUGGCUCGGCAGGAAUGGACCCAGUGAGACAUGCAGGGAUGAGCAUCGGCGGCCCUGGUUCGGGGUCCCCGAACCACUUGCCAGGUGCGGUACCGAACCAACUGGUUGGGACAGCACCGUGGCAGUCGAACCGAAGCAUUUCCUUUGACGGGCCACGGGGAGAAAGUCCCAAUAAACCCACGCCCGGGUCGUUUCCGCGAAGCAACACCACGCCCCUCCCCAGCCAAGCCACCCCUGGGGGCGGCCCAGGGGGAGGGGGAAGCCCUAGUAGCGGGAUGCGGGCGGGGAUAGGGGGAGGGGGGAUGGGGGCGGGGAUGGGCAUUGAGGAGCAUGAGAUGGAAGGGCAGGAUGUGGAGGGGGGCGUUGUGGGGGCCGGCAUGGGCGGCAUGGGCGGCGGUGCAUUGGCUGCCCAACACGCGCAAAUACAACACCUGCAGCAGCAGCAGCACUUGCAGCAGCAGCCACUGCAGCAGCAGUCGCCCAGGAGGCCAGUGCACCGCAGAACAGCGUCCACUCCCCCUGAGAACCUCGUGCCCGCUGCUGCUGCCAGGCCCGCAUUCGCCGCCCCUGGUGCUUCCUCUGCUGCAGGCGCUUCUGGCUCUACUGCUGCUGCUGGUGGUGCUGGUGGGAUGAGAGCAGCCGGGGCGGCUCCCGUCCAGCCCGGGUCACUGUCCGUGGAGGGAGGUACAACUGGGGGAGGUCGGUCUGGUGCUGAGGGGUAUGGCCGAGGGGCGAGUGGAACGGGGCGGGGAGGAGGAAGAGCAGCUGGCAGGGGAAGAGGGCGGGAACUGAUGGCAGGGGCAGGCAGGGGUUCAAUCGGCCGAGGAGGAGGGGUUGGUAUGGCGGGGCGAGGUUUGGUGGGUGGAGGAGCGGCAGGGGCAGCAGCACAGCGGCACAGGCGCACACAAUCAGAUGUGGUUUUCACAGGCGUGCAGGGGGGCGGGCAGGGGGGCAUGCAAGGAGGCGUGCAGGGGACGCAGGGGAUGUUUCCUGAUGGCCCUUACCGGGCGGCAGGUGCUCCUGUGAUGAAAGGGAUGGGGAGGGGCGCAAGUGGGGGAAUGGGAGGGGGGAUGGGAGGGGCGACAGGUGCUGUGGGUGGAGCUGGAAAGGCUGGCGCAAUGGCUGCUUCUGGCUCAGAAUUUGGGUUCUAUGAAAGCGUGAGUAUGGAUGCUGCUUCCUCGGGCGCACAUGCCAUGCAAGGCAUGCAGGGGAUGCAAGGCAUUCAUAGUACACAUGGGUCCAUGGCGGGCCCUCGCAGCCCUCGCAUGGGUGGCUUUGCAACAGCAGGCAGUGCAAGGCAAGGCGGAGGAUACGGGUCGCACGCAGGGGGAUCAGGGCCGCACCAAGGAGGCCCACAGCAGCAGCGGCAGUCGAGCGUGGUGCCUGUGAGCCCCAGAGGCGUUCCCCUCGUCAGCCCCAGGCGGGCAGCAGGCACGGCAGCAGGGGGCAUGUCUGGCAUGGGAACAGGGGCCAUGGGAGGUACAAAGCCAUGGGAUGCACUCGGUAUGGGAGGCAUGGGAUCAACCGCAGCAGCAACAGGAGGGGCAGGAGCAGCGGGAACAACAGGAGCAGGGGGAGCAGCGGGAGCAGGGGGAGCGGCAGCAGCAGGGGGCAUGCCUCCUCGCAGCCCCAGAGGCCUAGCCUUCCCUCUAUCAGCCUCCACGUCUGCCCUGCACCCCUUCUUUGCCAGCCCCACGCGUUCCUUCAACAGCCCCACUGGCUCCCUCGGCAGCCCUGCCCACUCCCCCGUGCCGGGGCGUGAGUCCCUGGGUGGUAGGUCGCUCUUUGGCAACGACCGGCGCUUUGGCAGCUUUGUGGAACGGAGUAUGCGCGUGGGGGGGAAAGGCAUGGAGGAGUUUGCGCUAGGAGGAGCAGUGGGAGGCGGGGGAGGGGUGGGGGGAGGGGGAGGAGGGGGAGCAGGGGGAGGGGGGUUUCAGGGUGGGUAUGGGCAGUGGAGGGGCAGUCCCCCGGAUGGGGAGCAGGGGGGGAGGAGGCGGUAUGCGCUGCGAUCGGGGAGUUUCAUCGAGAGGCGCACUGAGAAUGAGUGGUUUGAUCACAGUGCGCCUGGACCCUUCCCUGCUGCUCCUCAUGCUCUUGGUGUUGGUGCUGCUGCUGCUGGUGGUGGUGCCAGUGCUGGUCACUUCAAUGCUGCUGAGGGUCAGAUGGUUGGGGGGUUUAGAGGUUUGUCGCUGGGUUCUGCUGGGUCGAAUGCUCUCGGGCGGGUGCAUCAUCCUGUGGGGCGGGCGACUAGCUAUAACAGCAGCACUGGCAGUGCCGCCAGUAGUGGUGCGAGUUCUCCUGCCUCUGGCAUUGCUGCUGCUGCCCAUGCUGCUGCUGGUGCUGCUGGUAGGGCGCAUUCGAAGAGAGCAGAAGGGAUGUAUGCAUCUGGAGGGCCGAGUAGACUGAGUGUGGCACACAAUGAAGGGGAGGAGGGCGUAGAGAGAGGGGGGAGAGGGGGAGCUGGAAGAGUAGGUGGAGGAGAAGGUAUGGAGAAGAAAAAGGCUGGAGAGAAGCAGAUGAAGGGUUUGGUGGAAGAUGGUGGUGAGAGGAGGGAGGGGAGUAGGAAGGGGAGGAGGCGAGGAGAGGAGCGAGUGAAGGACCUUCGGAUGCAGACGGAUAGUGAUAGCCACAGCGAGAGGGAUAGGGAUAGGAGGCAGAGGAGGAGUGGGAGGAGGAGGAGUGCCAGCAGCAGCGGAAGGGAGAGUGGCAGAGGAGGCAGGGAGAUGAAGGGGAGCAGGGGACGCAGGAGAAACAGCUCCAGGAGCAGCAGCAGCAGGUCGCGGCGCAAAGACAGCUCGAGGGAGAUAGAUACCGAGCAGAGGAAGGGCAAGGGCGGGCGAUCUCGGUGGAAGGAAAAGGAAGAGCGAAGGGCGAAGGUGGGAAGAGGCGGGGUGGGGAGUGAUAGAGAGAGUCUUACGGCGAGUGCGAGUGAGGUGGAGGAGAGGGACGUGCAGCGGUCCUCGAAGCGAGGAAGGAGGAGGAGAAGCCAUCGGCGGUAUCAUAGGCGGAGUGAAGAUGAGGGAGGGACAAAGGACUGGGACCUGCCAGAUGUUGAAGCAGAUGCAAGCAGGGGAGGUAAGGCACCUCAGCCAAGGGAGGUGGAUGUGAAAGUGAGAGGGCAGAGUGCGAAGGGAGGGAGCAAGGAGAAUGGGGCGCGGGGAGAGCGGAAGCUGAGCAGUGCAGGGUCACGGACAGAGAGAAGGGAGCGGAGCGAGAGGGAGAAGGGGUUAGCAGAGGGGGGGAGGGAAUUGCGUACAGCCGGGUCUCGAAAGGAGAGGGGGGAAGGACGCGAGGGGAAGGAGAGCGAGGGGGAACGAGGCCCCAUCGUCUUCAUCCCCACAGCAGCAGCCACAGCCAUGGCCACACUCAUGCGCAUGCACACACAACCAGUGGCCACAAGGGGCGGACACCUACCAAGCGAGAUGUAG